UGGAAAUGUUCAUUCGUAUCGUCGCCUCGUGUAUUCGUUCGCACUAUAUAAACAAUACACCAUUUAUCUAAGAUUUACACUUUUGAUACCACUACAAGAAUUUUUUUUUCUCUUUCUCCGGCCAGUCAUGGCGAACUAUAGGUGGCCGUCGAAGCUAUCGAAGUUAUCACCCCGAGCAAAACAAACAAACCUCUACAAGGUGAUCCUCAUCACGAUUCUCUGCGCCGCCUCUUACUCCGUCGGGAUAUGGAAGAACUCUCGCGGGGGAAUCUCACGUGCUUCCCUCACUUCAUUGCCGUGCACGUUUCCUAACAAAACCUCACCGAUCCUCAUCUUCAAUGCCCGUCACACAUCCCCUGACCCUCCCUCAUCGGCGACAGCGGCGCGUGUGGUUCAAAUCCCGUCUUGCGGCGUUGAGUUCUCGGAGUACACGCCGUGCGAGUCAGUGAACCGGUCUUUGAGUUUCCCAAGACAUAGAUUGAUAUACAGAGAGAGACACUGUCCUCCAAAAGACGAGAUUCUUCGGUGUCGGGUUCCAGCGCCGUACGGUUACUCGGUACCAUUCAGAUGGCCGGAGAGCCGUGACGUUGCGUGGUUCGCUAACGUGCCGCACACGGAGCUAACGGUUGAGAAAAAGAAUCAAAACUGGGUGAGGUACGAGAAGGAUAGGUUUUUGUUCCCUGGUGGUGGUACGAUGUUUCCACGUGGAGCUGAUGCUUACAUAGGCGAGAUCGGACGGGUGAUAAAUCUCAAAGACGGAUCGGUUCGGACAGCCAUUGAUACCGGAUGUGGGGUAGCGAGCUUUGGUGCGUAUCUGAUAUCGAGGAACAUAGUAACCAUGUCGUUUGCGCCACGAGACACACACGAAGCCCAGGUUCAGUUCGCACUUGAGAGAGGAGUCCCUGCUAUCCUCGGGGUCUUAGCUUCCAUUAGGCUCCCAUUUCCAGCCAGAGCUUUCGACAUAGCUCAUUGCUCUCGAUGUCUCAUUCCAUGGGGCCAAUACAAUGGAACGUAUCUGAUAGAGGUGGAUAGGGUACUGAGACCGGGAGGUUACUGGAUUCUCUCCGGACCGCCAAUCAACUGGCAGAGACACUGGAGGGGUUGGGAGAGAACCAGAGACGAUCUCAACUCGGAGCAGUCUCAGAUCGAGAGGGUCGCUAGAAGCUUGUGUUGGAAGAAACUGGUGCAGAGAGAAGAUCUUGCGGUAUGGCAGAAACCCACCAAUCAUAUUCACUGUAAGCGAAAUCGUAUUGCUCUAAAACGCCCUCCCUUCUGCCACAAGACACAACCAGAUCAUGCAUGGUACACUAAGCUGGAGCAGUGUUUAACGCCUUUGCCGGAAGUAACAGGAACUGAGAUCAAAGAAGUAGCGGGUGGGAAGUUGGCGAGAUGGCCUGAGAGAUUGAAUGCAGUUCCACCGAGGAUCAAGAGUGGGAGUUUGGAAGGGAUCACUGUGGAUGACUUUGUCACCAACACAGAGACAUGGCAGAGAAGAGUGUCUUACUACAAGAGCUUCGACCAACAGCUAGCGGAGACAGGAAGGUACAGAAACUUACUUGACAUGAAUGCUUACCUUGGGGGUUUCGCUUCGGCCCUGGUCUAUGAUCCUGUAUGGGUCAUGAACAUUGUCCCCGUGGAGGCCAGUGUCAACACCCUUGGUGUUAUCUAUGAACGAGGCUUGAUCGGAACGUAUCAAAACUGGUGUGAAGCGAUGUCAACUUACCCAAGGACGUACGAUUUGAUACAUGCCGACUCGGUGUUCAGUCUGUACAAAGACAGAUGUGACAUGGAAGAUAUAUUGUUAGAAAUGGACAGGAUACUAAGACCAAAGGGAAGCGUUAUCAUAAGAGACGACAUAGAUCUGUUAACAAAAGUGAAGAAGAUAACAGAUGGGAUGCAAUGGGAAGGGAGAAUAGGAGAUCAUGAGAAGGGACCUCUUGAAAGGGAGAAGGUUUUGUUUCUUGUCAAGGAGUACUGGACGGCGCCUGCACCUGAUCAGUAAUCAGAAAGCUAUAGAUAUAAUUUAGACCUUUCUACUAUCUCCCUUCUGUUUUUUUUUUUUCGCUUUUAAUAUAUUUUGUACACAACCAAAAGACUUUUUGGGCGAGAAUGAAGAAACAAACACCUGAUUCUGAAUCAAA